ACGGCGCUCACCUUUCUCCCUCACCCGACUUGACUCCUCACCGGCUUUCCCCGCCAGAUCUCGCUUAAUUCCCCAACCAUACCUAACCGCCGGCGGCCGCCAUGAUGGCCGCCGAGUCGUCGGCGACGGACAACCACCCCGCCGACGAGCACCUCGAGACCCUCGCCUUCGAUUCCUCAUCCCCCGCCCCGGCCGCCGCUUCUACAGACCCCCUGCUCCACCCUCCUCCCUCGCCUUCGUCCACCUCCCCCGCAGCCGCGAACCACGACGCGUUCGUCCACGAGGACGGCGAGGCCGACUUCGUCCCCGUCCUCCCCACCCCCGACGCCCCGGCCAUUCCCCGCGAGCCCUCGCCGGAGUUCUACCAGAUCACCGUCUCCGAUCCGCGGAAGCACGAGGAGGCCGCCACCGGCGCGGCGGGCGUCAUCCCCGGCUCCGGCACCUACUUCUCCUACCUCGUCACCACCCGGAUCGCCGACGGCGGCAGGUUCUGCGUGCGGCGGCGCUUCCGCGACGUGGUGGCCCUCGCCGACCGCCUCCGAGCCACCCACCGCGGCCUCUUCGUCCCGGCGCGGCCCGAGAAGAGCAUCGUCGAGGGCCACGUCAUGCAGCGCCACGACUUCGUCAACCAGCGCUGCGUCCUGCUCCAGCGCUACCUCUGCCGCGUCGCCGCGCACCCCACGGUCGGCCGGAGCGCUGACUUCCAUACCUUCCUCACUGAGCCUAGCGGUAUCCCCACCUCCGAGGGCGAGUCACCGAGGUACAACCCUGCGACUGCUGCUGCCAUGCCCACGGCUGUUACCACACCAACGACACCGGCAAAGGGGGGCGGGAGAGACUUUUUUGGCAUGUUUAAGGACCUGAAGCAGACGGUGACGAAUGGGUUGAUGGCGGUGAGGCCGCCUCCGGUGGAGGAGGAGACUGACGCAAAGUUCCUCGCCCACAAGGCCAAGCUCGAGGAAUUGCAGCAGCAGCUCACAGCGACAUCUCUGCAGGCAGACUCCCUUGUUAAAGCUCGUGAAGAUCUUAAAACAUGUACAGCUCAUUUGGGAAUGACAUUCCUCAAGCUGGCGAAAUUUGAAAAAGACCAAUCUACAUGCACUUCGCAGAGAAGUCGAGCUGCGGAUAUUAGCCAUUUUGCAAGUGCUGCUGUCAAAGUCAGCAGGUGUCAGGGAAGACUGGAUGCUGAAAUCGUGAAGCAUCUGGACACUAUCCGUAAAUACUUGGAGACGAUGACUUCUGUUCACAAUGCAUUUACUGAUCGCUCCAAUGCGUUGCUUAAUAUCCAAAAUCUAUCAUCAGAUUUAUUUACUUUGCACAGCCGGGUGGCAAAACUUGAAUCUGUGUCAUCAAGAGGAAUUGAUCAGGAAAGGUCAAGGUAUCUGAAGGUUGCAGAACUGAAGGAUACAAUAAGAACAGCUGAAGAUGCAAAAAGUCAUGCACGCAAAGAGUACGAUCUUAUCAAGGAAAACAACAUGAAUGAAAUUAAAAGAUUUAAUAAAGAGAUACGCCAGGAUUUGGUGGAGAUGAUGAAAGGAUUUGUAACAAAUCAGGUUGAAUACUCAGAUCAGAUUGCUAGUAUAUGGGCAAAGUUAGCAGAAGAAACAAAAGUAUAUGCAGAUAGGAGAAGCUGAAGUAGGAUGUAAAUAACACGUGAAUUUUGAGCCUCGUAUCUGCAGCAUCAACAUCGGUUACAACAUUAUUGAGAUUCAUGCUAUCCCUCGGCGGUUUAGGGUAUAUGUGCAGAAACAGUUUCCACUCCCCGAGAUGGUCAAGGAUUUUCUUGGAGAUAGCUAUCUCCGGUUGUGUGCCUGAAAAUUUCUCAGGAAAGAACAAACUAACCCUCGAUCACAAAAUCGACACCUGUUUUCCCCAGUUUUUCCCCACCCUGGGUCUAGCUGUAAUGUUGAGUUUUUUUUUUCUGUGCAAUUACACGGUACUAGCUCUUGCUUCCUGACAGAAGUAUAUAGACGGCAUUCUUUCUAGUCGUUCAAACUUCAGAAGAGUUGAACGCUUGCACGUACCUGUUUUCUGUCA